AUGGAACCUGUCGAUUUGAGGUUGGCAAAGAAGCGCGAGAGUCGGACACGCGCUCCGACGGCCUGUCAGACAUGUCGUCUACGCAAGACCCGGUGCGACAAUAACAGGCCCACAUGUAGCUAUUGUGCUCUGCAAGGGGUAGAUUGCAUCUAUCCUGAGACGUCCCCACGCCCUAGCCAAUCUGGGUACGAUUCGUCCAAUCAGGAGAUCCUGCAACAGCUUAAUCAUAUUUCCUCGCUGCUGGAAGAUAUCAAAAAUGACAGUUCUCCGGGCGGUUCCUCGGCUCGUUCGCUCCGGAGCUCCUUGCUCGGAUUGACUGCCCAGAACCCCAGUCCACUGGCUGAUAUGGGGCUUGCAGGAAUACAUAGUUCACGCGGCAGUAGCUCCAAUGGUGACUAUCGUGCUUGUGAGCACGAUCCCGACUUACUAUAUGCGGCUAGUUCCGCAGAGCUUAUGCUCCGUUGGCCGAUCUAUGAUAAGGUCGUCACAGAUGCUGAGAAACACAUUCGAUCCUUUCUGCUCGAUUCUCUGAAUUCUCAUUCCAAAUCGGGAACUUCACCUCCCCAGAUGUUGGGGGUUGGCCCACUUGUGGACGAUAUUCAACGUCUAUGUCGGAAAUAUCUCCGGUUAGUACAUCGGCGGAAUCCCGUAGUGGAUAUAGAAAACCUCGAGCGCUAUGCCCGUGAGGUGACCAUCCAGGGAUUAGGGUGGGACGGUCCGGCUUGUCUGGUGCUUCUUGCGUGUGCUCUAGCCUAUUCCACAUCUACAUUUAUACCGCUGGGGGAGAUUCCCGAAGAUCUAGAUCUCAUUCCUGGACCACCUCCAUCUGACGCUGAUAUUGGCCGGGCAGAGGCCUACUUCCACGCUGCAAAGCAGCGGUUUGGGUCACUACAUGCAUCUACGACGGAUAUCCAGUGCUUUCUCUUAGCUGGAUUUUACCACAGGCAUGUUAUGCGUCCGUUGGAAGCGUGGUUCUGCUUUCAGCAAGCAUCAUGCAGACUAGAAGUUCGACUGCGGUCAUUAUGCAGAGAGCAGUGGAGGGCAGAUUCCAACUACCAUAACUUGGAGUCUAGGCUAUACUGGUCUUGUAUCCAAGCUGAAUACGAAAUGCAAGGUGAAUUGCCUCUGUGGAGUAGUCGCCUUGAAAGAUUAGGAUUUUCGGACUCAUUCCCAACUUUCCCUUUCCCAACAUCUUCAUCUUCCCCAGAGCACAUGGGUGGUGAGAAUGAAGCCCAUAUGGGUAUAUUGGGUGAUCACAGUGGCACCGACGAGGAAAUGGGCUGGAAAUUCUACGUUGGAACUAUUUGCAAUCGUCGCACCGUCAAUGAUAUGUUAGUUGAUAUGUGGCGGAAUGGCGAGGAAGGAUGGGUAAACAAUGUCAGUGGUGUUGUCGAACGAACCUCUGAGGCUGUGAAAGUAGUCACAACCUGGCAUCAAAUGUGCCAAAGCAGCCUCCCGUCACCAUCCACAGCUAACCAAGACCUUGAAUUUUUCCUGUUAGGUCGUUACCACGUCGCAUGCGAGAAGAUCUACCGCCCAGUCCUCUACCUUGCAAUCCACUUCCAAUCCCUCCCAAGCUGGGUGCAAGCGGACCCCCAAAUCUCCGAAGCAGUGUUCAUCCAAGCCCAGAGAGCAAUCGAUAACUGCGUCAUUCUCCUCCCAAAUUGCUGGUACCAUUUCCGCCACGAAUGGGUCCAUAAUGUCGUGCGGGCUGUGUUCUCUUGCGGUAUCCAAAUUCUUGGUGCUGUACUAAGCAACGUGCCUAUCUCGCGGAGCCCGAAUCCUGGAGGCUGGGCUUUGAGACCGCCUGGGAAUUGGGGUGCGCUUGUGCGGCUUGGUAUUCGGAUUUUGAGGUUCUGGGAACAUGAGUCUGUGGAUGUCGAGAUUAUGAGGUCGAUGUUGGAGAGGAUGUUUCAAGGGACUUGUCGGUUGGCUGGGGUAAGGUAG